ACAGCCUGUUCCUUUCUGUAAACCAAUUCCGUCCGUAAAUGCUAGUAAAUUAGGUGACAAGGAUACUCACGCUGCCUUACCAUUUCACAUUUGUGUCUAUUUUUGAAUAGAACUUGCGCCCAGUGCAUAUCGUGGUCGACUUGUGACCAUGAACGUCCUACUGAUCACGGGAGGUCAAUUGGUCGCCUACCUAGUCUCGUCUGCGCUCACGGACGUCAUUGAUGGCUGGCGCUGGAUGAUGGCUAUCUCAGCUCUACCAGCUCUCCUUCAAUUAGUCACGCUACCAUUUCUUCCGGAAUCACCACGCUAUUUGGUCAAAAAGGGCGAUAUCAAUGGGGCGGAGGCCGUUUUGAGGCGCUGCAUGGGCCUUUCUGAUGCUAAUGAUGACUAUAUCGCCAAGGAGGUUGAUGCAAUCAAGGAAAGUCUGGAAUUAAGCCAUAAGGCACGGUACCGCGACCUUUUGCGCAAAGAUCUCAGGAGACCUUUGAUAAUUGCCUGCUUCAUGCAGUUGUGGCAGCAGCUCUCUGGAUUCAACACAGCUAUGUACUAUUCCGCCACAAUCCUGAAGAUGGCCGGAUUUCCCAACGCCAAAAGCGCCACCCUGUUCUCGCUACUCAUCGCUGGAACCAAUAUGGUCAUGACAAUGGUGGCAAUCAAAAUUAUAGAUCGCGUUGGACGCAGGAAAAUAUUGCUUGUGACCAUGGUCGGAAUGAUUGCUGGUCUGGUUGUCCUCGGUGUGGCAUUUAUUAAGAUCGUGGGAUUCACUGUCAAACAGGACGACUGCGUUCAGUAUGGAGACAAUUGUGCGGCCUGCCUCACAGACGACCGAUGCUUUUUCGCAGAUCUCAGCAACAGCUGCCAGGACAUGGGCUGGGAUGGAAACGGCAGGCGACCCAUCUACACCGGCAUCUGCCCUAACCGAUCUCAAGGAAUCAAGACCGGAAGCUGGGUGGCGCUCGCCAGUCUGGUAUUCUAUGUAGCUUCAUAUGGCCUCGGACUUGGAAAUGCGCCCUGGCUAAUUCAGAGCGAGCUAUUCCCACUUGAUAUCCGCGGCAAGGCGAGCGGCAUGGCUACAGCUUGCAACUUUGCUGGAAACUUGGUCAUUUCACUCACAUUCUUGACCUUAACUCAGCGGAUUACAGCCACUGGAACCUUCUGGCUGUACGCGUGUAUCUUGGUCAUCGCAUGGCUGUUUGUGUUCUUCCUCGUCCCAGAAACGGCUGGGUUAAACUUGGAAGCGAUUCAAGAGCUGUUCAGAACCGAGUCUCCGAGUGAUUCAGGACCCACAUCAGUGAUGCAUUCUCCAAAGCUACUUGCAGGAGGGGAACAAUCUGAGGAGGAUGCUCGGAUACGCCGUCGAGGACAAGGCUCGCAGGAGUUGUAACAACAUGGUCAUGGAGUGCAUGUAUACCUUAAUUGAUUCUAUACACGGACCGAUGAAUAAUACAGCAUUAAAGCAAAGUCCGUUCUGAAGGCGCACUGAUCGAUCGAUCUGUCUUGGUGCGCUGCAAGCAUAGCUGGCGUUGCUUAUUCUAGCUACAGAGCGUUUUGAAGC